UUGUCGUAAUCGGUGUCCACCGGUGAGGACCGGGAUGAUAGGAGCAUACUUAGUAGAGCACUAGAUGCUCCUGAGUAUCCCGAUCGGGUGAGGGGUAAGGGUCAUGGUGUGACUCCAACCUCUUUUUACAAGCAUCCUAGGAGAAGAAAUCCUUCAAAUGAAGAAGUGUUGCAAAAAUUGCAGGAAUUGCAAGCACAAGUCUCUGAAUUGCAAAGAGAUAAAGAUAUGUAUAUGAGAGAAAAGUGCAAUACUGCAUCGGUGAAAGAAACUAGUGAUAAAGCUAGUUUCAACUGUCAAAGAAAACUUCCCGAGGUAAUUAUAAAUUUCUUUUCCUUACAAAUUGUUCUAUUUUAUUAACGAUAAUGACUUUAUAUUUACUAUUGGUUUAGGGCAUUUCUUCUUGCCAACUAUACUUAUCGUCACCGUCUUAUCGCCUAGUUUGCAAGGGAAAAGUGCACAACACUGUGGGAGAUUUACUUCACCAUAGACCGCUCCCGGAUGGACACCUGAAAGUAUCAGUGGAUGUUGUAUUAGAUCAUGAUGCGGUGCUACCGGUACCUGACAUGGUCUCAGAGACGACAUUGUUGCGAGAUGCAAUAGGGUCAUUUGUUGCAUGGCCCUCGGAGCUCAUUAUCAUUGGUGAUGAGACUGCUCCUACAAAACCCGCAAUUAAGGGCAAAGGGAUUUUACAGGAGGAGGAGUCUGUUGCAUCACUAAAAGAGGCAUCUGCUCGGGAGUCACAACAAGUGACACAGGUCGUUCGUAGCGUACCGCCUAAGGGUCCUCCGAAGCAAGCGGCAAAAAAGGUGGUGCUUUUUUUCCUCGAUAUCGGACGACGCUCGGAACACUUGUUGAUAUGUCCGAUUUGAAGGAAGGUGCUCUCCGUCAAAUCAAUAUGGAGGAAGGUAUCUUUGGUGUUGAAUUCAUUUCACAUAUUGCAAUAGAUGACUUGGAAGAGAUUUUUACGCAAGAACAACUAGGCGUCGCUAAUAUGCACUCGUACAUCCGGUAAUAUUCACUCAUCCGAUAUAUUAUUUAAUUAGUCGAACAAUUUAUUUACACAUUAUGUUUAUUAUGUU